GUGAGAUCCCCAGCUCGAAAACGAACCCUCACUGCACGUGGUUAGCGUGCACCCCCUAUUAAAUUAUUGUACGCGUCAUUCUGGUAAACGUCAGCCAGGUGUCCUACAUCUGUCGAUCGCGCUUGCAUUACUCAGAAGAGCGGAAUUAUGGCCGCCAGGUGGCUGCUUAGAGUCGUCGUUCAACGUAACUUGUUGCAUUUGAGGUAACUACUACCGUGGACUUAUUUCCUAUACACGAGUUAAAUUUUUGAAAGACAGACUGUACUCGAACUCGGUAAGAUUUCUUUAUCAUCCAUUAUGCCUUUAUUUGGAAAGAAGAAAAGGCCUGAUACAGAAUAUAAUGUUUCGACGGAAAAUGCCCAGGAACCACCGGAGGACAAGAGUGAAAUGAAGAACGGGUCGAGUGAACAUACCAACAAGUUACCUGUUCAGAAGCCUAAACUUGUGUUCCACUGUCAGCAAGCCCAAGGUAGUCCUACUGGGAUCAUAUCAGGCUUCACCAACAUCCGGGAACUCUACCAGAAGAUCGCAGAAUGCUACGAUUUUCCUGUUUCAGAGAUUCUGUUCUGCACGCUCAACACUCACAAGGUCAACAUGGACAACCUACUCGGUGGUCAGAUCGGGUUAGAAGACUUUAUUUUCGUACACAGGAAGGGGCAACCAAAGGAAAUUGAAGUCAAGAAAACCGAGGAUGCUCUAGGGUUAACUAUCACCGACAAUGGAGCCGGCUACGCCUUUAUCAAAAGGGUAAAGGAAGGAAGCGUAAUGGAUCAACUCAAGUUUGCAUGUGUAGGAGACCAUAUAGAGAAGAUUAAUGGAAACAGCAUGGUUGGCUGUAGACAUUUUGAAGUUGCUAAAGCUCUUAAAGAGGUUGAAAAAGGCUCAACUUUCAUACUUAGGCUUGUAGAACCCCUUAAAGCUGGUUUUUCCCACAUUGGACCGAGAACUGGUUCGGGAUUUGGAAAGAGGGACGGAUACUUCUCUGGUAGAGAAACAUUAAGACUUCGCUCAACAGGUCCUGCAACUGUGGAGAGUGCUCCUGAUGACAUAGCAACAACUGCUGUUGAGAAGAUAAAUGGACUCCUGGAGUCAUUCAUGGGAAUUAAUGACAAUGAGCUAGCCAUGCAGAUCUGGGAGUUAGGCCAUGACAAGGAGAACCCUAGCCAGUUUGUUACAGCAGUCGAUAAUUCAGAUUUAGAAGCUUUUGGAUUCACGGACAACUUCAUUUUCGAUCUGUGGGGAGCAAUAAAUGAUGCCAAGUCAGGUAGAUUAACGAAGGAGAAAGCUGAUUCCCCCUUCUAGUGUAUGACUUAUCUGCUUUGAUAUAAUCAUUUCGAAGAUUAGACAUGUGUUUUCGUAUUUAAGCGACCUCGUGUGAUACAGUGAUAACAGGAGGGUUUCUAGUAAUAUUUUUAAAGAAACCGCUUUUCUAAAGUAUUGGGAAAUUCUUAUGUGAUUUUUGCACGACAGAUAAAUAUUUGUCCCAGAUUCCAAUUUGUUUUCAAGUGAGCUGUGAAGCAGGUUUUGAAGAUUGGUAGAAGAAUAUUUUUCUAGGCAGUCUUCAAAAUCACAGAAAAUGGUGGGUGAGAUCGUUUUAAAAACUUACUGUUGUGAUUUGUGCAAAGACAGACAAAGCUAGAGCUGGGUCAGGUCUUAAUUUUUUUUUUUUAUCUAAAAAUAAAAUGUCAUCCAAGCAGCAAAAGGUUCUUUUCUUUCUCUGGUGGUCGUGUUUAAGAUAUUAAAGAUAUACCAGAACUUUCUUUCACUUAAUUUUCUAAUUUAAAAUUAAGUGUAAACCAAUAUCAACGAAUAAAUAAUUUUAAUGAUGAUGAAAAUAUUUACUAUAUGUUAAAAGUUUUAAAGAAAAAAUAACAGUUAAGUCCGAAUUAUGAUAAUUAGUUGCUGUUCACAAUUUUUCAUUCAUUAAAGUCCUAUUUUAAAUUUUUUUUUAAACUGGUAACAGUGCUAUGUGGCAAGUGAAGCUUUCAGCCAAAAAUUAGGAAUAACGGGUUUGCUGGCAUUUAGUUGAUGAGGUAGCCGUAAGUUUGCAAUUAAAAGAUGUAAAUAAACUAUUGUGUGAUGUUUUGGUGACUUUUCCUCAGUUUUUGUUUAUACAAAACUGUGUGUCCUGAACGUGUUAAGAACAAAAUUUGGCUUUCCAUUCAUACAUAGAAUAAAAAACUGUUUGGGAUACUUUCGAUCACUUGACUAAGUUAACACAAGUAAAACAGUGCCAAGUGAAAGGCCAAAGUAUUUGAUACAAAACGAGUAAACGAAAAAAAAACCUACUUUUUGUUUAACUUGUGUUAGUUAAGAGGUAUAACAAGAAUAGAAUUUAAACUAUUGUUGAACUUAUGUUGGACAUUGCAAGUAAAGAGUUUGAAAUCAUUAGGUAGUUGCAGUUUUCGUCGCUAAAAAAAAUACAUUUUACAGCACAAUAAUUUUUAUGAAAAAUGUAACUUUUUUUUAGUUUACUGGAUCUUUUUUCUUCGGCGUGAUAAUGCAUCUUCUUUGUCAGAAGCGAAUCAUCAAAACUCGUCAAAUCUGACUGCAUUUCUACUAUUACACUCGAGUGUUUUGUGUAAUAGAUAUGACAAAAGCCUGAGCUUUGUUCCAAUUGAAGGGCAUAUUAUUAGUGAGCUUUUUUCUACAACUUAUUUUUAUGAAUGCUGUAUUACUUCAAGUAGUGUCUAAAGGCUGUAAAAUAAAAAAUAGGACACAAAUCUUCCUAUUGUUCUUUACUUUCUGUAAACUCUAGGCUUACACCUAAAAGCAGGUAUUGUAAUAGUUAAGCUUAACUGUUCGACUACCCAAAGUAGUGAAACGUAAAUUAUUUUCAAAAUAUAAUUAAAAUGGAUGAUGCCUCCACUCAUUAUUAGCAUCUUUGAACUAAUUAUCUUGAUGCAAGUAGAUGUCUAGAAAUGGACGAAAAAAUCCUUUUCAAAAGAAUCAGGGAAGA